AUGGCGGCAGCACCAGUAAAGUUUACGGUGAAGGUGGUCAUUGUGGGCGACUGCGGGGUGGGCAAGACGGCCCUCGUGCAGCGGUUUGUGUUCAACAAGUUCGACAAGCACGACUCCACCAUCGGGGCGGCAUUCGUGACAAAGGACCUUCUCGCAGACGGAGUCCUGAUCAAGCUCGAGAUGUGGGACACGGCGGGGCAAGAGCGGUACAGGAGCCUGAGCCCCCUUUACUUCCGAGGGGCCGAUGCGUGUCUGAUGGUCUACGACGUCACCUCCAGCCAGUCCUUCGCCGACCUUGAAGGGUGGUUCUCCGAGUUCCGCUCCAUGGCCGGAGCCGCUGUGCCGAUGGUGGUGGUGGGCAACAAGAUGGAUCUGCAGACCACGCGCCAGGUGAAUGCCAGGGACGCCGAGGAGUGGAGCCACGGUGCAGACUGCGCCCACUUCGUGGCGAGCGCAAAGGACAACACGGGCGUGGACGAGGUCUUCGCCGAGCUGGCCCGCAGAGCGGCUCACGACUAUGACGCAUCAACCCAGGGAAAUGGAUGCUCCUGUUGA